GGCAAUAACGUGAAAUAUGCCGAACAGAUAUGUGAAUGCAGAGAAAUAUGUUUUCACUAAGGUAUUCGUAGAUGUGACUUGAGUGAAACGCACGAGAGUAAACGAAAUUACCUAGUCUCUAUGCGCUUUAAACCGGUCGAGCUCCCCAAGCAAACGCAAUUCAAGCCGUAAACACCCGAUCUCCACACACAAACAACGCUCGUCCCAGAGGAUGGCCUGCCAAUCGCGAGGCUGCACACAACCCAUGGCUUCGCCACCCUCCAGUCCACUCGAGCAUCCGUUAAUGCUUGAUGACCUCACGGAGAACUUUCAGCGACUCUCGGUAAACCUGCCGCCGGACGGUUGGGACCUGGACGCGCCCACUGUCCGCGUUCAGCGACAGGCGAGCGGUGUCCUGGACUUACGCCCAAUCGAUGGGACUGCGAACGAACCGAACGAUGCAAGCCGAAGUGACGAUAACCUAGCGCGCGGUGGCCGAGAUGAAGAAGAUGGGUUGCUGGAAUCGGUGGAUCAGCGAGGCCUCAAUGGCGAAGGCAACGACGACCGGGGACAGCGAAAAAGUAUGCUCAGUUUUCUGAAGCGAUGCGUCUGUCACAGGCAUCGCCGGUCGCGCUCAAUCAGCUCCGUCGCUUCAUCAAUGUCCGCCUCCAUCUACGAGAGCUUCAAAACUAGCCUCAAGAGUAUGUGGCCCUUCAGCAAGCGAAAUUCAGACAACCGCAGAAGGCGAAAACGGCGCAAGAUAUCCGGAACCGAGCUGCUGCUUUGAGAAAGUAAGAAUCUUUUGUGUGGCUCCUAUAUAGGCCGCCGCAGCGAGUGUAGGAAGGUACUAAGAAUAUGAAGGGACACUAAUUCUUCUUCUUGGACGAAGAUUCCGUGGCGGCGUCAAGACCGUUUAGGAGGUC